AUGUCUCGACUAUGCUGGGCUUUCGCCCUAAUGCCUCUCGUUCAAGCCGCCCAAGCAGUUCCUGGUGUCGUUCAUCUGCCAGUUGAAGCAGUGCAUGACCCCAAGGCAAUGAAGCGAUCUGUUGCAGGCGUCAAGUCUCAAUCUCUUCGACACGAUCAGAGUGAUAUUCAGUAUCAGUCUUACGCCGUCGCGAUCUCGGCUGGCAACCCACCCCAGAAAAUGAACCUGGGUUUGGAAUCUUUUAAUUCGAAAACUUGGCUUAUAUCUGACGGAGUCUAUGCACUCUGUGACAGCUGUGAUAAUGGAUUCUUUACAAUUAACAAAUCUGUUACAAUAUCGCCUCUCCAGGGACACGAAUCUGUUGGAUAUGGAGACCCAACCACUAUACCCCCAAGCAAUGCAACCUUUGAACUGGACAUGUACACAGACAGAUUUGACAUUGCUGGUGUUACUAUCCCUAAGCAGACCUUUGGCGUUAUGACGCCGCGUCCCAACGGAACUUAUAAUGGUGCCGGACUCCUCGGUAUCGGACCCGACCUUGAGCUUGGAUAUGAGGCAAGCAAGCCAUACAACACGGUUCUAGACAGCCUUGCCGCACAAGGCUCUAUUGCCAGCCGCACCUACAGCCUUGACUUGCGUAGCUACGACUCUCACAAAGGCGCCCUGAUUUUUGGUGGCGCUGAUACAGGCCGAUUUGAAGGCGAGCUUGUCAAGAGACCGUUGGUUAAGGACGAGCUCGGCACAUUUGGUCCCUCUAUCGUUCUCUCGCACUACAGCCAAGUCGCCCCCAAUGGGACGAAAUAUGAAUACGACGUCCCUGAGGGAGACUCUGUUUUCCUCCUCGACACCGGCAAUCAGUACUUCCGUUUCCGUCAUUCCUUUGCUGACCCUCUCUUCCGAGACCUGGGUGCCGUUAAUGACGGUAAUGACGCGUAUUUUGUGAACUGUAGUAAGCGUGAUAUGCCGGGAACCUGGGACUUUGAGUUUGGCAACGUCACCAUCAAGGUGCCGUAUAAACACUUCAUUACCGAGCUUAGUGACGACGAUGGUAAGACAUGUUUCGUCGGCGUCUUGACUACAUGGAAGGGGCAGCUGGUUCUUGGGCAACCCUUUUUGCAGGCAGCUUACGCCAGCUUCGACUUUGAUAAUAAGGAGGUCGGCCUUGCCCAGUCAGCACACUGCGCCGGCAAAACUGUGGCAUUUGGGUCGGGCCCUGAGGCUAUUCCUGCCCUCUCGGGAUGCAAACGCCAAUAG